GUGUGUGUGUGUGAGAGAGAGAGAGAGAGAGAGAGGUGUGCACUGAACAGGAGAUGUAGGUGUGAUAGACACUUUACAGUUCAAACUGAAAUUCACUCCUUCAUCUUGUGGUGGAAGUGUAGCUGCUGUGGUUUUUCUUUGGAUUGGUGGUCAGUUCAUUUAGAUCAUGAGUGGUGAAUGGCCGUUAGGUGGAGGGACUCCAUCAGAAGAGGAGGAGAAAUAUGAGGAACUCUGGGAGCGCGUGGAAGGAGUCCGACACAAACUGACUCGCAUUUUAAACCCGGCAAAACUCACGCCGUACCUGCGUCAGUGUAAGGUCAUCGAUGAGCAGGACGAAGACGAGGUGUUGAACUCCAGUCAGUAUGCAUUGAGAAUCAGCAGAGCUGGUCGUUUAUUGGACAUUCUGAGGGGGCGUGGUCAGCGUGGUCUUCAGGCCUUCAUGGAGUCACUGGAGUUUUACCAUCCUGAACAAUACACACAACUCACCGGACAACAAGCUACACAACGCUGCUCUAUCAUGCUGGAUGAGGAGGGUCCUGAGGGUUUGACGCAGUUUCUGCUCGUCGAGGUGCGUAAGUUGCGCGAGCAGUUGCGCUGCAGUCGUUUGUGUGAGCGCCGUUUCUCUCAGCGCUGCCGUGUGGCCGAGGAGGAGCGCAGUCGAGCUGAACGAAAAGCACAAGAGCUACUACAGGACAGGAUACAACUGGAGAGGUUGAGGCAGGAUUGGGAGUCUGGUAGUCGUGAGUUGGGUUUAUUAAAGGAUCGGCAUCUGGAACAGGCUGUGAAAUACUCGCGAGCGUUAGAGGAACAACGCAAAGCUACAAUGCACGAGAGAGAACUACUCGCUGAGGUGGAGCAGCUCAGGAAGAAACUGCAUGAGGCAGAGAGAAGAGAUGGCUCCACCCCCUCUCCAACCAAUCAGAUGAGCUCUGAAGUGUGUAACAGCGCCCCCGCAGCACAGGAGGACUCAACACCACUCAAUUUGAGAACAAGAGAGCCCAUGUGUGGAAAUCAGGCUCUGUUAGAUAUUCUGCAGCAGGAUCGUAGAGAGGCAACAGAAGAGCGGCAGGAGUUGUGCAGCACCAUCGCCAGACUGCAGGUGGAGCUGGAGAGCUCAGAGGAACAGAGAGAGAAGCUGUCGUUUCAGUGUGAGCAGUUGAAUCUGAAGGUCAGAACUCUACAGCUGGACUGGGAGACUGAAGAGAAGAGGAGUGCAUCAUACUUCAACCAGAUCAUGGAGCUCGAGAGAGAGAGAGACCAGGCUUUGCGCAGUCGUGACAGUCUGCAGUUGGAGUUUACUGACUGUCUCCUGGAUAAAAACCAACUGCGCAAACGAAUCGCAGAGCUGCAGUGCAGUCUGGAGCAACUGCAGAGAGAGGCUGAGCGAGACAGAGAGAAGAGAGUGCAGAAUGCCCCCUGCCUGCACUGUUCUCAUUUGUCUCUGUUCAGUGAGGAUCAGUGUUUCGGGCCGUGCUGUUCUGCUGAUUUGAGCCCCAGUCCACAUACACGCCGAACACAGUGGAAGUCGCCCUCUAAAGUUCAAAUCAGUGAGCAGUCUGAAGAUUUAUACUGCUUACAUUCAGAGGAAAAUCUGCUCACACCGGUGUGUAACACAGAGAAGGAUAUCAACAGACUGUCAACAUUUCCAUUUCCACCCUGUGUGAACUCCAUCAACCGCAGAGUGAACGUAGAGUUUGAUUUGAACUCGUGGGGAAGUGAUGAGAACGAGCCAAACACAGAGGAUUCAGACUCGUGUCUAUUGAGUUCAUGGAGUUCUCUACCGUCUCAACUCUUUCUUCCUGACGUCAACGUGACCCCGACCCUUCCUGACCCUAAACCAUCAUCUUCAUCAUCACUGGUGUUAUCUCCAUUGCCCUCUUCCUCACCCAAAAGCCUCGCUGAUGACAUCACUAUCGUCGGUGGCAACCGGACGGGUAUAUUUGUGCAGUCGGUGAGGGUGGGCUCGCGUGCGGAGCAGUGUGGUCUGAAAGAGGGGAGUGAAUUACUGGAGUUGAAUCAGGUGUUGUUCGGGGAUGGUCAUGUUCUUCUCAGUCAGUGUACAGCAGAAGUGGCUCAUUUCUCUCUGCAGUGGUGGACUGAACCAGACUCACUCAAACACACACACAACCAGGAGGGUUAUUCUGGUUUACUGGAUGAACUGUCGUCUUCAUUCUUCACUGGUGCUGAUUCGUUCUAUGUGCGUGUGAACCUUGACCUCUGUCCCCUUGGUGACCCGCCGUGUCUCAGAGUUCUGUGUGAUGAUGUGCUUCAUGUCACUGACACGAGAUAUAAUGGCAAAUAUCAGUGGCGCUGUGUCCGCAUGGACAAAGGUACAGCAACACCGCUGGAGACCGGAGCUGUGCCUAAUUACAACAGAGCUCAACAGCUGAUGUUAGUGAGACUGCGUACAAUGACACUAGAACAGAAUCAAUAUAGGAAGAAGUUCUGUAAGAAAUCUCCUGAGCGUGUCCGGCUGAUUAAAGCUGUCGCUUCAAACUAUCGUGGAAUCAGCUCGUCCAGUCCAGUGCUCUUCACACUCAAUAACCGUCAUGAGGAGCAGCUGAUUCCCUUCAGUCUGGUUCAGUUGAUCCGUGUGUCCAGUAAACGUCCGGUGAUUUUCUCUCCGUCGCUGUUGUCUCGUGGGAUCAUCGAACGUCUGCUGCAGCCAGCCGAAUCCGGUCUGGAGUUCAACACCUGCCAACCAGAGCCAUUGGAGGGUUGUGUCUAUCAGGAUAAAAGUGUUUUCCUCUUAGACUCAUCAGAUCAACCAAUGGGAAUCAAACUACACAGUAUAAAUGAGGUUAUUAACCAGGAUAAACACUGUCUGCUUCAGUUGGGUUUGAACAGUGUGGAGAAUCUCCUGAAGCACAACAUCUACCCCAUCAUCAUCUACAUCAAACCCAAAGACAAGAAGGGCAGGAAGUUCAGGAAGCUGUUAUCGGGUCAGAAGGAGGAUCAGGUGAUGGAGGUGUGUCAGAUGGAGGAGCUGCAGUUGGAGGCUCUUCCUCUGAUGUUCAGUACGGUGGAGCCGAACACAUGGAGCUGCACAGACGAUCUGCUCACGGUGAUCCGCAGCACCAUCAUCAGUCAGCAGAGAGCAGUAGUGUGGCUGGAGCAGGAGCGCGUACAGUAGAGUAAAACAAACACCUGUGUCAGGUUUGUGUCUCACCUGACCACAUGUGAUCGGAUCACCCAAGAGGCAUCUUAAUAUCAGGUGGAAACGGGGUCAUAGAGUCACGUAAACAAUGAUAAAUACAGAUAUUAAAAUAAAUCUAACCAUAUCAUUGUGCAUAGUUAGGAUAGAAAAUAAAGAGACCCAUCAACUUUUAAAGGGAGAUGAAAACACUUCCUCUAUCUUUUAUUGUUGAUGUCAAAGGCUGUGCAUCCAAUCAAACUCAAAUUCACAUCACUUUGCAUUAUGGUUCAUACGAAUACAAUAUUAAUCACAGUAUUUGUUUAAUGCGUUAACAGAAUUUGCCUGUUCAGCUAAUGUCAUGUUAAUAAUUUAUCAUGUUUUUAGGCCUAUGUUGUCCAACAUUUCAACAUGUUGAUUUUCAAGGCCAUAUGUGUUUAUUUUUGUAUGUGUCCUGUAACAAAACCAGUUGAGAACCAAAGUGAUUUUCAGGGAUAUAUUGAAUAUUAUUUUGUGUUUAGUUAGUGGGAGGGAAGUUUAAAGAACAUAUUUGUUAUAUACUGGUUAAAUACUGGUUUGUGUUAUAGCACAGCUCAUAAUGUCUGAGAUAUUUCAUAAUGUGAACUCUGUAUGUGUGGUUUAUAUGAAUGUUUAUUAUAACUGGUGCUAGAGACUAGGUUUUACAACAACUUUUGCACAUUUAUUUUCUGGUAAUUGAGCCCUCAUUUAUGUGAUCUUUUACGAUUAACUUUAUCUGAAUAUCUGCUAUGACUUCACAGACUGAACAGUUCUGCUAUUAACGAUAACUGUGAUGAUGAAAAAUAAUGUGAUUUAUAGUGAAACUAUUCUGUUUUUAUUAUUUUCUUAUUAAAAAGUAUUGUA